AUGGAGGAACAGGUGUUCAAGGGGGACCCAGACACCCCUCAUUCCAUCUCUUUCUCGGGGAGCGGGUUCCUUUCCUACUACCAGGCUGGGGCCGUGGACGCUCUGCGAGACCUGGCCCCGAGGAUGCUGGACACAGCCCAUCGUUUUGCAGGGACAUCAGCGGGCGCAGUGAUUGCUGCCCUGGUCAUCUGUGGGAUUGAAAUGGAGGAGUACCUCCGAGUGCUGAACAAGGGCCUGGCUGAGGUGAAGAAGUCCUUCCUGGGCCCUCUGUCCCCAUCCUGUAAGAUGGUGCAGAUGAUGCGACAGUUUUUGUACGAUGUCCUCCCCGAGGACUCAUACAAGUGCGCCACCGGGAAGCUGCACGUGAGCCUCACCAGAGUCACGGACGGGGAGAGCGUGGUGGUUUCGGAGUACACGUCCAAGGAAGAGCUCAUAGAGGCCCUGUAUUGCAGCUGCUUUGUUCCUGUGUACUGUGGCUUCAUUCCCCCGACAUAUCGGGGUGAGCGGUACAUCGAUGGCGGCUUCACAAGCAUGCAGCCUUGCGCCUUCUGGACGGACUCCAUUACCAUCUCCACCUUCAGUAGCCAGCAGGACAUCUGUCCGAGAGAUUGCCCGGCCAUCUUCCAUGACUUCCGAAUGUUCAACUUCUCCUUCCAGUUCUCCCUGGAGAACAUCACCCGCAUGACACACGCGCUCUUCCCGCCAGACCUGGUGAUCCUGCAGGAUUACUACUAUCGGGGCUAUGAUGACGCCGUUUCAUACCUGCGGAGGCUGAACGCUGCCUACCUCGACUCCCCCAGCAAGAGAGUGAUUUUCCCGAGGGUGGAAGUGUACUGCCAGAUAGAGGUUGCCCUUGGCCAUGAGCCCCCAGCUCAGCGGGACCAGCUUGAAGACUCCUCACUACCCCAUGCUCAGGGGGUUCCCCAAGAGGACAGGAAGGACGGCCGUUCUCCUGCUUCCCCACCAGUGCAGACACCCGAAUCCAGGACCAGCGGGGUUGUGGAGUCACCAGGGGGCUCCUCAUCUAAGCAGUUACUGGCAUCGCCAUCGGCCCCACCCCAGCCAUGCCCGGAAAUGAGUCCCGGGCUGCCCACUGACUCCAGGGACACUGACCCAGUGAAUCUUCAAACUCCAAGCCUGAAGGAAGGAGUGAAGGAUGGCUGUCAACCGGACUCGGCCGCCGCCAACAACGGAGGCACAAGAAGCCUGCCACCUGUGUUGCACACCUCAGACUCAGCUGCAGACACGCCCAGCUCAGAGGUUGGAUCCUCAGUGCCUGAAUCAUCACCUGAAUCUCUUCAUUGUUCUGGACUGUUGCUCAGACAUCCCCAGCCAGCCACAGUAGCCAGGGCAGCCACAGCAGCCGGGGCAGCCUCCGGACUUCCGCCCUUGGGUCCUUCAACACCACCUGCCGGGCUACCUGUGGAGGAGCUGGGCCCAGAGCAGCCCACAGGUAUGAGGCCUCCUGCCUUUCCACAGCUGACAAGCUUGACAGCACCGGGCACCAGGAAGCAAGCCCCCCACAAGCCUCUGGUGGACAGUCCUGCUGUGGAUUCAAACAGGACAAACAAGAUGUUUAAGAAGAACCAGAAGACAAAUGCCACCAGAGAGUGCCUCCAGAGAAACCCUCGCUCCAAGAAGCCAGCCAGCAAACUGCAGUCUGCUCCUUGUCCACUGGACUUUCCUGUACUCUCCACUUCCAAGACAGUUUGGGUCACCUACAAACCUCAUCCCAAUCGGAUCCAAGAGUACAGCUGCCCUGAGGGAGUGGGUGGACAGAGCGCCUAGGCCUAGGCUGACUGACACAGGAGAGACCCCAGUGACCUGGAGUCCGAGUCCAGCUUCUC